GUUCGACUUACCUCAGCGCGCUGUUUGUUGAUGACGAUCCUCUUGGGCAAGGCAACGAGCCUCCGCCUCGCAGCUCCUGACGGCUAUGGUAGCCUUCAGAUAAGUCCCCUCCUAUCCGAACCUCCUCUGGUUAGCUUUCCACCUCCUCUUCCCUACUUAUUCCUCGUCCUCCACUUUAUUCGUCUUCCUUUCUCCUUCCCCUUCUUUUCCUUCUCCUCCUCCUUCGUCUACCUCUUCUUCCUCCUUUGACACUGUCGCUCACUGCAGCGGCGCAUCAGCGUCCGGCCGACUCGGAUCUUGGCUUUUUUUUUUUUUUUUUUUUUUUUUUUUUUUUUUUUUUGACUCGGAUCUUGUUAGCGCCUCUCCAUUUACACACUCUCCCCUCUCUACUAUGCCGCGUCUGCUCACUCUGAUCGUGAAUAGACGGCGUGAAUGCUAGAAGACCAUUGGCCCCGCAGCUAGUGCUGCCAAGAGCAGCAACAACUGCGGACUGAUGGGCGGGAAGGCAAGCAGGUCGUGAGAGUGAGGGUCUUUGGAGAUUGGAGAGUGGAGAGCGAGAAUGCGCGGGGGCGAGACAGGGCGGCUGAAGGGAGGUUUCGAAAUCGCGGGUGAUGUGGGAAUAGGCAUGAUCGCGACGCAACAGUUGCAGCAGCGGAUCUGCACUACCGCCACCACCUCGAGUUCGGAGCCGCGCGAGACAGCUCCUAAGUUCGAUGGGCAGGAGAUCUUCCACGACUCAAUCAAGACAGAUCCAAUUCCAUGGUUUCGCAAGUUCGAGCUCACGCUGCAGCUCCACAACGUCAAGGAAAACAAGCAUCACGCCUACUUGUACUCUCGCUCAGGGGGCGCGUGUCAGGCUUGGUUGGACAACCURUUGUCCAAGUACGGAGUGGUAGCUGCGGACUUGCACACCGUGAUCAGUUGGGAUGAUCUGAAGGCGGCGUGGCACAAGCGGUUCCAGGUGGAAAUGCCAGAGAUCAAGGCCAUGGACAAACUCAUAGUUUUUGAGCAAGGCUCGCUGCCGAGCGCGGACUGGAUCGUCGAGUACCAACGCUUGACGUCCGUCCCAGACAUCCAGAUGGGCUUCAAAGCCAUCCGCCACUACUUCAUCUCAAGGUCAUGUCCGRCAUUGAGCAAUGCCCUGACGCAUGUCGAGGACACCUUGACGACGACGGCGGAACUAUUCGACAAGGCUGCGCAGAUCAUCGUUACGAACAAGGAGGCCAAGAACCUCCGUUCAUCUGCGUCAGGCCCGAGCAGGGACCAGCAUCGGCCAAGAGUGGCCGUGGUCGCAGCGGCAGCGCCGUUAGACCAAUCCAGCGAGGCUGCGUCUGCCAGUGAAGGGGACAGAUUCGCAGCCACCCGGGAAGGUGGCCGCCCCGGCAGAGGCCGAGACGCCGGUUUGCCCACUGAAGGGCAAAGGUCGACACGGAAACUGAGCACCGCCGAGAGUGAUGCGACGACACUCUCGACGCCUUCGAAACUGGUUUCUUCGCGAGUGACCAGCCUUCAUUCCGAGACGCACGUGGAAGUCGACAGUCCUCCGCUCCUACUUUCUUUCGAGGACUAUGCUGCCCGGCUCAUUCCAACGCUGGGUUCUCAAGCUCAAGGACAAGGAGUGUGUGCGGUUUCUUCUCCGUCCGACAACAACGAGAUAUCGUCUUCAAGUGGUGAUUCACGGGAUUCGGCGUGCGAGUUCAACAUAGAGGCAUUGGACCCGCUCACGUCUGAGGACUUUGCAUGGCUUCCUCUCCCGACCACAGGCUGUUUGCCGGGACCGCAAUGCGCAGCACUUAGCGCUCAUCUUCACACUUACCUUUCCUUCUAUGCACCACCAACUUCGCCGACGGAUGACGAGGUCGCGGUGGGGGACAUCCUGGCAUAUACUACCAAGGUGGCCUGCGAGUUUCGCACGCAGCGGUACGAUAACAACAAUGCACCGCUCAUGUAUGUCCGCAUCCAGGUUGGACAGGCGUCCUGCAGCGCUCUGUUGGAUAGCGGCGCGACUCGCAACUUCAUGAGUCAGUCUUUUAUGCAAAGAGCUGGCCUUGGCGCACAAGUUCGGAGAAAGGCAAACCCGACGGCGAUAAAGUUGGCGGAUGGAAAGACGCAGCAACUACUCGACCGUUACAUCGAGGCCGUACCGGUUAACUUCGCACCUCAUGCAUGCGAACCGGUGACAUUCGACAUUCUCGACACGGACUUCGACAUCAUUCUGGGAAUGCCUUGGCUUGCAAGUGCGGAUCACACGGUCAACUUCCAUCGGCGGACUCUUAGCGUUCGCGACGCCUUCGGCGCGGAAGUGGCAUGUACUAUUCCUCUACCGCACUCUUCGAUCCGGUGCCAAGUGGUGACGGCCAAAUCAUUUCGGGCGACUUGUGCUUACGAGCAGCCCGAGGAGAUCGACAUAUGUUUCCUACGGACCGUCGCGGUUGCCGACUCUGCACCCACGGACUUGUCUUCGGACCCCCGUGUGGUACGGUUGCUAGACGAGUUCGCCGGCAUCUUCGAGUCACCUACCGGUGUGGUGCCGGGUCGGCCGAUCUCUCACGAGAUCAUUCUUGAGGCCGGUGCCGUGUCACCGAAAGGUUGCAUCUAUCGGAUGAGCGAGGAGGAGCUUGAGGUACUCCGCGCACAACUCGAUGAUUUGUUGGCCAAGGGUUGGAUUCGCCCGAGUAGCUCCCCAUAUGGAGCACCAGUUCUCUUCGUCAGGAAGAAGAACAAGGAUCUGCAAUUGUGCAUCGACUACCGCAAGCUCAACACGCAGACUGUCAAGAAUGCGGGGCCUCUUCUUCGCAUCGACGAUCUUCUUGAGCGGCUGGGCGGUGCCAAGUACUUCUCCAAGUUGGAUUUAAAAUCAGGUUAUCAUCAAAUCUCGAUUCAGCCGUUCGAUCGCUACAAAACCGCGUUCAAGACGCGGUACAGGCAUUUUGAGUGGGUGGUCAUGCCUUUUGGCCUCACCAACGCCCCGACGACCUUUCAGGCGGCUAUGACCAAUGAGUUUCGUGCGAUGUUGGACCGGUUCGUGAUGGUCUACUUAGACGAUAUUCUCGUCUACAGCCGGUCAUUGGAGGAUCAUCUGGGGCAUCUUCGACGAGUGUUGGAGAAGCUCCGCCGCGCCAAAUACAAGGCCAACCGCGGCAAGUGUGAGUUUGUCCGGCAGGAGCUGGAAUACUUGGGCCAUUUUGUCACACCGGAGGGCACCAGUCCACUAUCGGACAAGAUUCAUGCCGUCCAAGAGUGGCCGGAGCCUCGGAACGUCACGGAUGUCCGCUCGUUCCUCGGUCUUACCGGCUACUAUCAGCGCUUCAUCAAAGGCUACUCCAAGAUCGCGACCCACUUGAACAAGCUUCAGUGCGAGGAUCGACCGUUUGACUUUGGAGAGGAGGCGUGGGGAUCAUUCCUCGCUCUCAAAGCUGCGCUAUUGUCUGCGGAGGUCUUGCGGAUAUACGACUCGCUCGCGCCUGCACGUGUCACUAUGGAUGCGUCAGGCUAUGGCAUUGGUGCAGUCCUCGAGCAACAUGAUGGUGUGAACUGGCACCCGGUCGAGUACUUCAACAAGAAAGUGCCACUCGUGCAUUCCAUUGACGAUGCAUGCAAGAAGGAGCUCCUCGCCUUCGUCCACGCGCUCAAGCGGUGGCGGCACUUCCUCCUUGAUCGAAGCCAAUUUCGCUGGGUAACGGACAACAAUCCGUUGGUCUUCUAUAAGACCCAAGACACCGUCAACAGCACCAUCGCUCGAUGGAUGGCUUUCAUCGACCAGUUCGACUUCUUUCCCGAUCACAUUCCCGGGAAGUCGAACCGUUUUGCGGAUGCUCUCUCACGGCGUCCGGAUCAUUGUACCACAGUCUACUAGACCUUUGAGAUUGACGACGACCUGCGGAACAGCUUCAUCCGCGGCUACCAGGCCGACCCCGAUUUUCGUGACAAGUA